UACUAGGGAGGGGGUUCCGGAUAUAACGAAGUCUUAAGCACAGACGCCUUAGUCAAAGUCUGUCUCUACUUUGUUGCUUUGUUGGCUCUGAGCUUUCCAACUCCCCGAGCCCCACAGCUCAGCCCAGUGGACGCUUACACUGCAGGCAGGGAGCCGGCCGCUAGAGGAUCUCUAACUCACCCCAAGAAACUGAGGGCUGAAGUGAAGAAGCAAAAUGGUGGCCUCGCUUCUCGCUGUCCUGCGAACAAGCAGGUUGUGUCAAUGGGGCUGCAAGAGCAGGGCGCAGCUGUUAGGACCCCUGCCGUUUGGUCCCGGUGGCUGGAGCACUUGGGCCCCUGAGCGGACAAACGCGACGUUGAGCCUGGAGCCCGCGGGCCGCAGCUGCUGGGACGAGCCGCUGAGCAUCGCCGUGCGCGGCCUGGCCCCCGAGCAGCCCGUCACGCUGCGCGCCGCCCUGCGCGACGAGAAAGGCGCGCUCUUCCGCUCCCACGCGCGCUACCGCGCCGAUCCCCACGGCGAGCUGAACCUGGCGCGCGCGCCCGCGCUGGGCGGCAGCUUCGCGGGGCUCGAGCCCAUGGGGCUGCUCUGGGCCAUGGAGCCCGAUCGGCCGCUCUGGCGCCUGAUCAAGCGCGACGUGCAGACGCCCUUCGUGGUGGAGCUGGAGGUGCUGGACGGCCACGAGCCCGACGGCGGGCGGCUGCUGGCGCGGGCGGCGCACGAGCGUCACUUCAUGGCUCCCGGGGUGCGGCGCGUGCCCGUGCGCGAGGGCCGUGUGCGCGCCACGCUCUUCCUGCCUCCAGAACCUGGGCCGUAUCCUGGGAUCGUGGACCUUUUUGGAGUUGGAGGUGGCCUUCUGGAGUAUCGAGCAAGUCUGCUGGCUGGGAAGGGCUUUGCUGUUUUGGCUCUGGCUUAUUAUAAGUACGAUGACCUCCCUAAGGGCUUGGAAACCAUGCGUAUAGAGUACUUUGAAGAAGCCGUGAACUACCUGCUCAGUCACCCUGAGGUAAAAGGUCCAGGAAUUGGGAUUCUUGGGAUUUCCAAAGGGGGUGAACUUGGCCUUGCUAUGGCCUCCUUCCUGAAGGGCAUCAAGGCUGCUGUCUUCAUUAAUGGCUCUGUGGCCGCUGUUGGGAACACCAUAAACUACAAAGAUGAGACUAUUCCUCCAUUGUCUCUUCUGAGAGAUCGAAUCAAAGUGUCCAAAGAUGGCCUCUUGGAUGUUGUGGAAGGGCUUCAAAGCCCUUUGGUAGAGACGAAGAGCUUCAUCCCUGUGGAAAGGUCUGACGCCACCUUCCUGUUCCUUGUGGGUCAGGAUGACCGCAACUGGAAGAGCGAGUUCUAUGCCAAUGAGAUCUCCAAACGCUUACAGGCCCAUGGGAAGGAGAAGCCCCAGAUCAUCUUAUACCCAGAAGCGGGGCACUAUAUUGAGCCCCCCUACUUCCCCCUGUGCAAGGCUGGCAUGCACGUCCUGGUGGGUACUAAUAUCACCUUUGGUGGGGAGUCUAAGCCUCAUGCCAUGGCCCAGGUCGAUGCGUGGCAGCAACUCCAGACUUUCUUCCACAAACACCUGUAAGUAAGAAUUAGGGCGUGACUCCUCAAAUAUUACCCAUUAUCUUAUGGUUUUGGAGAAAGUCUUACAUAUACUAUCAGAGUAUCCAUUAGCUAGUUCAUCUGGACACAUUCUAAUUCCUUAAAGUUUUUUCUUUCUUUCCUUUUUUGCUUUUUUUUUUUUUUUUUUUGAGACAGGGUUUGUCUGUUUAGCCCUAGUUGACCUGGAACUCGCUUUAUAGAUCAGGCUGGCCUUGAACUUCUGUAGAUCCAUCUGCUUCUGCCUCCCGAGUGCUGGAACUAAAGACUUGAACUAUUAUGCCCAGCAUAAGUUUUUUCUUUAUGUAAUACAUAAGUGCCUCUGAAGGACUGCAGAUAUAGCAGAAUGGGGAUGCACUCAUCUUUCUGGGAUAGUGAAUAGUGUCCUGAGUUCUUGCCUCGGUGCCAUAAGACGACAAAGAAAUUAAAACUUUCUUAUAAAAGUCGUGCCUGAUGAGCUGGGGAGAUGGCUUAGUGGGCAAGGGUGCUUGCUGCUAAGCUGACAACCCAGGACCCUCAUGGGAGGUGAGAACCAACAAGUUAUCUACACACACACAUGUGCACACACAAUCGAGCAUGACCGUAAAUAAAAUGUAAGCUACAAAUCGUGCCUAUCCAAAAAGUUCUUUUAUAUUAUAAAUUAAAAGGGAACCUUAAGUAUUAAAAUUCUUAUUAAAAUAAAAAUUAGAUUUUUAUAG